CACACCGCACAAACCAUCAUCUACAAGAAAUAGCCAAACAUGUCUACCAUCGCCCGUCGCGCUUUCUCCGCCCGUACCUUCGUGCCCCCAAAGAUCGCCUCUCCUCAGGCUAUCGGUGCCCCCAAGGAUGCCCUUCGCAUGAGCAGAAUCGUCGACUUCUACUCCAAGCUCCCUGCUGGCCCUGCCCCCAAGCAGCAGGUUCCUAACAACGUUUUCGCCGCCUACAAGCACAAGUACUUCGACGGUGACAACGCGUCCGGUGUGCCUUUGUUGCACCUCAUCGGUUUCGUCAUGUUCGGAUACACUUGCGACUACUUCUGGCACUUGCAGUACCACAAGUCUGGUGUCCACGCUUAAGCGAUGAGCAUUGGAUCGGUUGUGUGAAUAGGAGUAUGGACUAUGAGGGAUUGUGGAGCAAAGGAAGGCAUCUGGCUUUCGAGUAUAAUACAAAAGAUCUUAUUCCCAGUACUAC